AUGUCUCUUAAGCCAAACAUGGGUUCAUUACUGAGAAGUGAAGAAAUGAGCUUGGCUCAAAUUUUUUUCCAAGCCGAAUCCGCUUAUACAUGUGUAGCCGAACUUGGUGAACUUGGACUCGCUCAAUUUCGAGAUUUAAAUGGCGAUGUAAGCGCUUACCAGAGAAAGUAUGUUAAUGAAGUUCGCCGUUGUGAUGAAAUGGACCGGAAACUUCGUUUUAUCGAAGCUGAAAUCGAGAAAGACGAAAUCGAAAUUCCAGAUGUGAACGAUUAUAUACCGUUCCCUCUACCCAAGGAUAUGAAUGAUCUUGAAGCUAAAUUUGAACGCCUGGAGGAGGAGCUGUUGGAGAUCAAUGCGAACACAAAUACAAUGAGAAAAAACUAUAAGGCUGUAGUGGAGAUGAGUCAAGUUUUAGAUCAUGUACAAAAGUUUCUGGAUGAGGGUCAACAUGAACAGGCAAGGGCACAAAUCGCAGAAGCUCAGCAAGGUAUUGCUGGACCACUUUCUGAGGGUGGUUUAGGUAACGCAAUCACUCGUGCAGUGGCGAGUUUGACUGGAACUGAAAAAAAAGAAAGCACCGAGAUGAGAUUUAUCGCUGGUGUGCUAGCUCGUAACAGAGCUGUGGCUUUUGAGCGUAUGCUGUGGCGUUGGUGUAGAGGAAACGUAUUUGUUCGCACUGCUGAUAUCCCGGAUACGUAUGAUCAGUUAUUGGAAGAAAAUGAUGGAAAAGUUGUUUUUAUAAUAUUUUUCUAUGGCGAAGCUCUUGAACAAAAGUCAAAAAAAAUUUGCGACGGUUUUCGCGCAUCUAUAUAUAAGUGCCCAGAAACGUCCGACGCGCGAAGAGCUAUGAAACAAGAGGUUUUACUUCAAACUGAGGAACUAAAGUCAGUUCUCUUGAAAACAAUGGAACAUCGUGACAAAGUGCUUCGUGCAACUGCACAAAACUACAAAACCUGGACAAUAAAAGUUUUGAAAAUCAAAUCGAUAUACCACACGCUUAAUCUGUUUAACUUGGAUAUAACUCAGAAGUGUCUGGUGGCAGAAUGUUGGAUACCGAAAACUGAUAUUCCACUAGUGUUAGAUCAGCUAAAUCUUGGAGCUAAAAAUGCUGGCUCUAAUAUUGCUCCGGUUCUUAAUGUGAUGACUACAAAUGAAGAACCUCCGACAUUUCAUAGAACAAACAAAUUCACUCGUGGUUUCCAAAAUAUUGUUGAUUCUUACGGUAUAGCCACAUAUCGAGAGAUUAACCCAGCUCCAUGGACUAUAAUAUCGUUUCCAUUUAUAUUUGCUAUUAUGUUUGGCGAUGCUGGUCACGGUAUUAUAAUGUUUCUUGCUGCACUAAUGUUUGUGAUCUUUGAAAAAAAACUAAUAUCAAUGAAGAUUAAAGAUGAGAUUUUUAACACAUUCUUUGGCGGGCGAUAUGUCAUACUGUUGAUGGGAAUCUUUUCGGUAUACACAGGACUGGUCUACAACGAUAUAUACUCAAAAUCUAUCAACAUUUUUGGGAGCAGUUGGCGUAACCCCUACAACAAAACAUUGUUAGCGAUACUGGAUGAAAGUGAUACAGACGUGGAAUUGACAAUGCCGCCUCAUCCAGCAUUCGACUACAUAAAUGGACCUUACCCGUUUGGCGUUGAUCCGAUAUGGAACAUAGCAACCAACAAGCUAAAUUUUCUAAAUCCACUGAAAAUGAAAAUGUCUGUGAUUAUUGGCAUUGCUCAGAUGGCUUUUGGCUUAAUGCUUAGUCUUUUUAAUUUCAUUUACUUCCGCUCCGCGAUUGACAUAUUGUUUAUAUUCAUUCCAGAAGUCUUGUUUCUAUCCUGCAUUUUCGUAUAUCUUUGUAUUCAGAUUAUUAUCAAAUGGCUAAUGUUUUGGGUAAGACCAGUGUAUAUUUUUGGCUGGUAUUAUCCAUCGUCUCACUGUGCUCCGUCACUGCUGAUCGGUUUAAUCAACAUGUUCAUGAUGAAGUCUCGAGAAGAGGGUUUUGUAGAUAAAAAUGAUCCCAGAAAUGAACUUGAUCAGUGUUAUUUGCAACAGUGGUAUCCGCAUCAGAGUAUGGUGGAAACAAUCUUUCUAAUUAUCGCUGUUAUAUCUAUCCCCGUUAUGUUACUGGUAAAACCGAUUCUCUUGAAAAUACAGGCUGCACGAGGAAAACACGUUGGUGGUCAUGGACAUGGUGGUGGUGGUGAAGGAGAAGAGUUCAAUUUUGGAGAUGUGCUGGUUUAUCAAGCUAUUCAUACAAUCGAAUUUUGUCUUGGCUGCAUUUCUCAUACUGCUUCUUAUUUACGACUUUGGGCACUUUCUUUAGCUCAUGCUCAAUUGUCUGAAGUCCUUUGGUCUAUGGUGUUCAACAUAGCAUAUACAAUUGGCGGUUGGGGAGGAUUGAUUGCACAGUUUAUCAUUUUUUGGAUCUUUGCAAUUCUUUCAGUCAGCAUUCUAAUUCUUAUGGAAGGCUUAUCUGCCUUCCUUCACGCUCUACGGCUUCACUGGGUCGAAUUCCAAAGCAAAUUUUAUGGAGGGCUAGGGUAUCAAUUCGAACCUUUCUCCUUUGAAGCGAUCAUUCGAGUAGCAGAAGGGCUUGACAACUAG